AUGCCAUCAGGAGAGGAACGAUUGGCUGAAAUCUCCAAUGAAGAACAAGAAGUAUUUGUCACUGAGUCUCGUGAACUAUAUGUGGAAGUGUCCUCCGUUUUGAAUGUGAGUCCUAAGAUGGACACUAGUGUCUUCCCUAUAUCCAGAAACACGCCGGUGGAGAGAUCCAUACAGCAAGCAAUUGAAAGUUUGAAUAAUGAUAAACUAGCACUUCUCACUUCGAAGGGUAAUGAGGUCAAAAAGCUUGUUGCAAUUGUGGAGCAGAUAAAGCAGAAGGGUCCUAAGGAUUUGCAGCAGUUAAACCGGCUUUCACUGCUGCCAUCACUUAUAAACCCCAGCUAUGCAUCGAAACAUAGUAUAGCUAACAUUCAAGCAUUUUUUGGAGACGAGAUUGAAAUGGGAGAUCAAGAGAAGGCAGCUAGAAAAGAGAUCCAGGGCCACAAGGUGUACGACAUUCCUUGUUUGAGCAUCCUACUAUUCGAAACUCCCCAGUUCGACCCAAGAUUCCCUUUCACCAACCAGACAAAGCACUGUGCUCAGAACUACGUUGACUACCACAAGUGUGUUAACGUGAAAGGCGAGGAGUUCGAGCCAUGUCAGAUCUUCUUCAAGACUUUCACCUCCUUGUGCCCAGUCGACUGGGUCGAAAAGUGGAAUGACCAGAGAGAAGCUGGCAAGUUCCCAAUCAAACUCGAUUAG